AUCCCCAGCAGGAGCUGGAUGAGCUGCCAGGGAGGGUGCGCUGCCCAUGGAGGAGCUCCUGCAGCGCUACCGCGGCGCCUUCGCCGACUCCGACUGCGACUCCGCCCCCGGCGCCAGCAGCACCCGCUCAGACUCACCUGGCGGCGACAGCGAGGACGAGGAGGACGAGGACGAGGAGGAGGAGGAGGACGACGACGACGACGAAGCCGACGACGAGGACGAGGAGGAGGAGGGGGAGGGGCAGGAGGGCGGGGGAGGGGCGCCAGGUGAGCCCGGCGAGGGCGGGGGAGCGGCCCCGCCCGCCCCCGCCCAGGUGAGCCCCGCCCCGGCCGCGCCCACCGGCGGCCCCGCCCCCAAGAAGGAGAUCAGCGACAUCGCGGCGGCGGCGGAGAGCCUGCAGCCCAAGGGGUACACGCUGGCCACCACGCAGGUGAAGACGCCGAUCCCGCACCUGCUGCGCGGCACGCUGCGCGAGUACCAGCACAUCGGGCUGGACUGGCUGGUGACCAUGUACGAGAAGAAGCUGAACGGGAUCCUGGCCGACGAGAUGGGGCUGGGCAAGACCAUCCAGACCAUCUCCCUGCUGGCGCACCUGGCCUGCGAGAAAGGUAGCUGGGGCCCGCACCUGAUCAUCGUGCCCACCUCGGUGAUGCUCAACUGGGAGAUGGAGCUCAAGCGCUGGUGCCCCAGCUUCAAGAUCCUCACCUACUACGGCGCGCAGAAGGAGCGGCGCCUCAAGAGACAGGGCUGGACCAAGCCCAACGCGUUCCACGUGUGCAUCACCUCGUACAAGCUGGUGCUGCAGGACCACCAGGCGUUCCGGCGCAAGAACUGGAAGUACCUGAUCCUGGACGAGGCGCAGAACAUCAAGAACUUCAAAUCCCAGCGCUGGCAGUCCCUGCUCAACUUCAACAGCCAGCGGCGGCUGCUGCUGACGGGCACGCCGCUGCAGAACUCGCUGAUGGAGCUCUGGUCGCUGAUGCACUUCCUCAUGCCCAGCGUCUUCCAGUCGCACCGCGAGUUCCGCGAGUGGUUCCACAACCCGCUCACCGGCAUGAUCGAGGGCAGCCAGGAGUACAACGAGAGCCUGGUCAAGCGCCUGCACAAGGUGCUGCGGCCGUUCCUGCUGCGUCGGCUCAAGGUGGACGUGGAGAAGCAGAUGCCCAAGAAGUACGAGCACGUGCUGCGCUGCCGGCUGUCCAAGCGCCAGCGCUUCCUCUACGACGACUUCAUGGGCCAGGCCAGCACCAAGGCCACGCUGGCCAGCGGGCACUUCAUGAGCGUCAUCAACGUGCUGAUGCAGCUGCGCAAGGUGUGCAACCACCCCGACCUGUUCGAGCCGCGCCCCGUCACCUCGCCGCUCGUCACACCUGGGCUGAGCCUGCGCGCGCCCGCGCUGGUGCUGCGCGCCCUGGAGCCACACCCCUUCCAGGUGGACCUGUCGCCCUUCGAGCUGGUGGCGCUGGAGACUCACCUGUCCCUGGGGGCGGGUUCAGACCUGUCAGACACCACGGGCUGGGGCGUGUCCCCCCGCGGCGCGGGUUACCUGUGUGUCACCUGUGUGUCACCUGUGUCACCUGUGUCACCUGUCAGACACCACGGGCUGGGGCGUGUCCCCCCGCGGCGCGGGUUACCUGUGUGUCACCUGUGUGUCACCUGUGUCACCUGUCAGACACCACGGGCUGGGGCGUGUCCCCCCGCGGCGCGGGUUACCUGUGUGUCACCUGUGUCACCCGUGUCACCUGUCAGACACCACGGGCUGGGGCGUGUCCCCCCGCGGCGCGGGUUACCUGUGUGUCACCUGUGUGUCACCUGUGUCACCUGUGUCACCUGUCAGACACCACGGGCUGGGGCGUGUCCCCCCGCGGCGCGGGUUACCUGUGUGUCACCUGUGUGUCACCUGUGUCACCUGUGUCACCUGUCAGACACCACGGGCUGGGGCGUGUCCCCCCGCGGCGCGGGUUACCUGUUCGGCUCGGACGUGGUGGCGCAGUUCAACGCGGCCAACGAGGUGUCCAUGAUCUGCCGCGCCCACCAGCUCGUCAUGGAGGGCUACAAGUGGCACUUCGGCGAGACCGUGCUCACCGUCUGGUCGGCGCCUAAUUACUGCUACCGGUGCGGGAACGUGGCGGCCAUCUUGGAGCUGGACGAGCACCUGCAGAAGGAGUUCAUUAUCUUCGAGGCGGCGCCGCAGGAGACGCGCGGCAUCCCCGCCAAGAAACCCGUGGCGGACUACUUCCUGUGACACACCUGGGACACCUGGGACACACCUGGGGACACUUGGGACACCUGGGGACACCUGGGGACACCUG